AUGAAGACCCGGAGCUCAGCGAGGGGGGAGCCGAGGCGGCUCGGGAAUGCGGCUCUCCUGGUGCUCAUGCUCUGCUCCGUCGUCGCGCUCUCCCUCAUCCGGGGGAGGUUCGCCCCAAUUGUUACCUCCGCAGGAGACGCCAUCAAAUCCGAGGACGACGCUGCUGCGGCGGCGGUGGCGGUCAGCAAGGUUGCUGUCAACGUUGACACCGGCGACGGCGGCGACGAUGCCGCCGCCGAAGCUGCUGCUGAGGAGAAACAGGAGGAGGAGGUCCAGCCGAAGCCAGCCGACGGUUCCGACUCCGGCGGCGGCGGCGCAGCCAAGCCGGUGUGCUACGAGACGAGCCGCCGCUCCGACACCUGCGAGGCGGCUGGCGACGUGCGCGUCGUUGGGAGCACCCAGACGGUGUACGUCGACUCGCUGGACCGGGAGUGGAAGACCAAGCCGUACUGCCGGAAGCACGACAACUUCGCGCUCGCCCACGUCAAGGAGUGGUCCCUCAAGCCGCUCCCCUCUGGCUCCGGCUCCGGCGCGGCGCCGCAGUGCACGGUCAAUAGCUCGGCCACCGCGUUCGUGUUGUCCACGGGUGGCUUCACGGGCAACCCGUUCCACGACUACACGGACGUGCUCAUCCCGGCUUUCAUCACGGCGCACCCGCUCCGCGGCGAGGUCCAGUUCCUGGUCAGCAGCUACAAGUCGUGGUGGAUGAACCGCUACAUCCAGAUCUUCCAGCAGAUGAGCCGGCACGAGGUGGUGGACAUCGACGCAGACGACGAGGUCCGCUGCUACCGCAGCGUGGUGGUGGGGCCGACGUUCCACCGGGAGCUCGGCGUGGACGCGUCCAAGUCCCCCUCGGGGUACUCCACGGCCGACUUCCGCAAGAUGCUGCGCGACGCGUUCGGGCUGGAGCGCGCCACGGCCACGCCCAGCGGAGACCGGUGGGACAUCCGUCGCCGCCCGCGGCUGCUCAUCAUCUCGCGCCGCCCGUCCCGUGGGCGCGCCUUCAUGAACGAGCGCGCCAUGGCGGACAUGGCGGCCAGCCUGGGGUUCGACGUGCGGAUCGGGGAGCCCGACACCAGCACCGACACGUCCAAGUUCGCGCGGCUGGUGAACUCGUGCGACGUGAUGGUGGGCGUCCACGGCGCCGGGCUCACCAACAUGGUGUUCCUGCCGGCCGGCGCCGUGGUGGUGCAGGUGGUGCCGUACGGGCGGCUGGAGUGGCUGGCCCGGAACACGUUCGCGGAGCCGUCGGCGGGGAUGGAGGUCCACUACCUGGAGUACGUGGUGCAGCUGGACGAGACGACACUGAGCGAGCAGUACCCGAGCGAUCACCCGGUGCUGAGGGACCCCAUGGCCAUCCACAAGCAGGGGUGGAACGCGCUCAAGACCACGUACCUGGACAAGCAGAACGUGCGGCCGCACCUGGGCCGCCUCAAGAACACCUUCCUCCAGGCGCUCAAGAUGCUGCCGCACGGCCGGGACGAUUGA